AAAUUUUCACAUUGACAUACCGGAAGCCGAAAAUAGGUCUCCUGGAAUAAUUUGUUUUUGUUAGCGAAUAUUCGAUUUAUAUCAUAUUUGGUGGAUUUCAUAUUUGGAUGAUGUGAGAACCACAGGCAAUGUGUGACUAUAACCAUAUGAGGUUGACUGGCUCUCAGCCAAGUGGGCUGAUUGACCAUGUGUCCUCCUUGUCCACUAACCUCGGGGACCUGAUUGACAACUCUGAGUACAGCGACAUCACCCUUGUCGUGGAGGAGAGACAGUUCCCGGCUCACAAAGUCAUAUUGGCCGCUAGAUCAGAAUAUUUCAGAGCCAUGUUGUUUGGGGGUCUGAUGGAGUCCCAACCCGGGACAAGUGAGAUCCGUCUACAGGACACCUCUGCCAAGGCAUUUGAGGCUCUCCUCAAGUACAUGUACACCGGCAAAAUGAACCUGCUCGAGGUCAAGGAGGAGCACCUACUGGACAUCCUGGGGAUGGCUCACCGGUAUGGCUUCACAGAGCUAGAGUCAUCCAUCUCCGACUACCUGAAGGCGAUCCUGAACAUACGCAAUGUGUGUCUCAUCUAUGACCUGGCCCACAUCUACAGCCUUCACAGCCUAUGUGAUGUGUGCAAGGAUUUCAUGGACCGAAACGCCACACAGAUUCUCCACAGUGAAGCCUUCUUACAGCUCUCUAUGCAAUCCGUGAAGGAGCUUAUAUCGAGGGACUCAUUCUGUGCUCCAGAAAUCGAGAUAUUCUCUUCCAUCCAACGCUGGGCUGAGGAGAACUCCGGUAUCGACCCGACACCAAUUCUUGAGUCUGUCCGGCUGGCGCUCAUGUCCAUGCAUGAACUUCUGAACUCUGUACGGGACACAUCACUCGUCACCGCUGAUUCCAUACUAGAUGCAAUCAAAACACUGACUGAAUGUAGAAAUAUGGAUCUGAAAUACAGGGGGUUUAAAUUGCCUGAGGAGAAUGUAGCGACAACACGUCACGGCGCCCAGGUGAUAAGAGGAGAGAUGAAGGCCGCACUUCUUGAUGGUGACACCAUAAACUAUGACCUGGACCGGGGCUUCACAAGACACCUAAUAGAUGACAACAAUGGCCAGGGCAUUGUGAUCAAGCUCUCCCAACCUUACAUCAUCAACACCAUUAAGUUGCUACUCUGGGACAGAGAUCAGAGAUCCUAUUCCUACUACAUAGAGGUGUCGAUGGAUGACAAGGAUUAUGAAAGAGUAAUUGACCACACAGGGUACUGGUGUCGCUCUGAACAAUUUCUUCACUUCCAAGCUAAAGUUGUCAGGUAUCUGCGGGUGGUUGGUACCCACAACACCCAGAACCGAGUCUUCCAUCUUGUAUCCUUUGAGUGCUUCUACUCCAACAAGAUCUUCGACAUCCACGAGGGGCUUAUUGUGCCGUCUGAAAAUGUAGCCACCAUAGCAAAGAAGGCAUGUGUGAUAGAGGGCGUGAGUCGGAGUCGUAAUGCACUUAUCAACGGUGACACGCGGCAGUAUGACUGGGAUUCCGGCUACACGUGCCAUCAGCUUGGUAGCGGCGCCAUCAUUGUACAGCUCCCACAGCCUUACAUGCUUGACUCUAUGAGGUUGUUACUUUGGGACUGUGAUGACAGGAGCUACUGCUUUUACAUCGAGACGUCAGUGGACAACACCAACUGGGUCAUGGUUACCGACAAGAGGAAUGAACCUUCCAAGUCCUGGGAGAAUGUGACCUUUCCAAUGAGGCCAGUGGCUUUCAUCAAAAUAGUUGGUACUCACAACACCGCAAACGAGGUGUUUCACUGUGUGCAUUUCGAGACACCCUCCCAGGCAGCAAAACUUGCCCUGUUGUCAGGUGCUGGAGGGAAAUCAAUGGAUAAUCUCCCUCUCUCUGGGCCGCCAACGGCCCCCACCUCCCUAUCCCCUCGACCCCCAACCUUCACUCUUCCUGGCUCACAGUCUACCCAGCAUCCACAGGGCCUAGGACCAGCAGACAUGGGGGCUGUUGUAGCCGGGUUAGGUGGAGGGGCGGUUGGAGGAGCUGGGAUCAUCCGGUCACGGGCUCUUGUGGAUGCAAGUCUGGAUGUAAAUGUGAAUGGGGAGGCCCUGGAUAGUGCCCUGGACAUCCCGGAGGCUGAGAGACAGGAAGUGGAGCCGGAGGAGUCUGCAGACUCGGAAACAGAGGGGAGAUAACUGUUACUUGAUGUGCAGGGGACUCUUACAUAGUGCAGCACCAAGAUUAUUGUAUAUUAGCGACUGACUGUGAUGGAUUAUACAUGUAUGCUUUGUUUGCCAGCCUAACCUAACCCAUAAGUGCACGGCAAAAACUUAAAAACCCACUAGGAAUUUAAUUGUGCGUGAGUGAUGAACUGCUUUAGAAAUGAAUAAUUUUAGUGCUUACUUGUGUAGUCCUCGAGUUCAAGGGUGGUUUAACCAUGCAGCUGUGUGCUUGAUAUGCUGUUUGAAGUUCAUGAAGGAUGGUUUACAAGUGGCUGGCUCAUUUGACUUCCUACUUGCCCUGGAUCACAGCUGUAUACAUACAUAAACAUGUUAUAUGUCAUCAAGAAAAUCUCCUUACAUGGACUGUGACAAAUAAGCUGUGUUCAAUACAAAUUGUAAAAAAGUUGAGGUAUUGUCACUAUUUUGUUGUUGGCAUACAGUUUUACACUUGCCAUAACUCAAAUAGAAAAUGUCUCGACAUGAAAAUAUAUAUUGCCAGAGAAAAUGUGCACAUGUGUAGCAUGACUAAUAACUUCAAGGCUUUAAAACGUACUGAGCUUUGCCCUUUUGCCAUUUAUAACUGAAAACAGACUGUGGUUUUGCUGUCUAGCUCAUAUCACAGUGAUACAAGUUAUUGUUUGUAAUACUAAAUGUGCAUGUUAAGCCUUAAUGGAUUUUUCAUGAAAAUUCUAUUUACUUCCAUUUCACCUUAAGUUAUGAAAAAACUGUGAUAGUAUAAUCAAAAGUAUUAGUUUCAGUUUUGAUUUAAACAUUUUAUAUGUACAUUUUAUAUUUACCAAAAAGAUCUAUGUUAUUGUAAACUGUUUUGAACAAAAGCUGUAUGAGCUAAUAUGCACACAUAUGUUCUUAUUUCCAUGUAUUUCGUAUUACCAAUACUAGUAACCCACUUGUUAAUCAGUCAGAAAAUCAUUACCAGUAGUAACUCACAUGUUUUCUGUUUCACAGUUACUGGGUUUAAAGUUUUAUUGCUGUAAAACAAAGUCCAAUGUUUAACAGCAACUUGGUUUGUGUUUAGCUUUUAGUUCUAUAUACAGACAGAUCCUGAUAAGUGGUUUAAAUGAGUAACAGUAAUACAUGAGUAUGUACAUGUGUGUCAAGUCGUGAGAUGUACCAUUGGACAUUGUAAGUCAUGUUUUUUUUCUACAUCACUUCAUCCAUAUUUACUGAGCUAUUUGGCAUUUCACUGUUUGAGUUUUGGCAUACUUAUUGUAAUACUCAUUGUAAUUGUUAAGAUUUAACAUGCAAGGCAAGGUCGCAAUUAGAUAACUCACUUUACUGGUCAGUUCGCCUUUACUAAUCAUUCACCCACCCUGAAAAUCCAUUGUCCAGCAAUUCCAUUACAAUGCGUUUUUCAUACAAAUGAUAUUUUGAAGCUUCGAAAUAUGAAUACUAGUUUAGCAAUUUAUCAGCAAUAUUGAAAUUGCACAAGGUUGUCAAUGUAACUUUUUUUCUUUCUUUUUUUCGGGGGGUGGGGGGUGGGAGAGGGUGGGGGAGGUCACCGUCAUUUCAGUGUUUUUUCCUGAAAAUGUUUGGCAGUGAUUCAUUCUCGUGGUAAGCAUGCAUUAUGAAUAUUAAUAUCAUACUAAAUUUAAGAUGAGUGUCCUAUUUUUUCCGUGAUUGUCAUUUGACAAUAUUCAGUAUUUCUCCAGUUAUUCUAUAAAAGCCUUCAUUUCCAGACGAAAAGGGGUCCCUAAUCACUGGUGUUCCUUAUUCCGUUUAAACUAAAGUGAUACCUACUAACAGAAAGGACUUUUGAUGGAAAAAGAACUUUUUUGGAUUCAAAGUGUAUCAAAGCCUUUUGCUACUUUUGGCGACAUAGGAAGUGUUUCACAUGAACUAAGUAUAACAAUAGGUAUUCACAUUCCUAUUUUUUAUUUUAAAAAAUUGUAAAAAAGUUGAGGCUUUCGGACAUUUUUGUAACUAAGAAUUUAUGGAAUUGAUCAUUUUUGACCCCAUUCGUUGGUACUAAACUUACAAGUUUAUUUAUUUUAUUGUAUAGUGUAAAUGUUAGAACGUCUCAUUUGUAAAUUGCCUUUGACAUGUGUUCAAAUCCAUUUUGUUGAUUAAAAUGUGUGUUUGCAAUGUU